AGCGGCUUCUGCUACAAAUUGGAGGUAUAUACCGGACAGGAGAACUCGGCGCAAAGACGUUCAGGGGAGCCUGACUGUGGAGCGAGUGGAAAUGUCGUUGUUCGCUUGUGUAGAACGGUUCCGAGAGGCGUAUACCACAAAGUGUACUUCGAUAACUAUUUCAACUGCCCAAGUUUGCAAGUGUACCUUGAGAAGGUCUCAGUUCACUGCAUUGGAACAGUGCGGAUAAACCGGGUUCCUGGAGUGAGCCUGCCUGGUGAGCAGAAAAUAAAAAAAAAAAGGGGGAGAGGACACUUUGAAGAAAGGAUGGCAGUUGUGGAUGGAAUUGAACUGUCGUGUACAAGGUGGCAAGAUAACCGAGCAGUGACCCUUCUAUCCUCCUUCAUUGGAGCAGAGCCUGCUGCAAGGGCAUAAAAGGUACAAUCGUCAGAAAAAGGAGCGAAGUAAGAUACCGUGCCCUGCAGUUAUCACCAUCUACAACAAGCACAUGGGCGGUGUAGACCUUUUAGACUCCCUCAUCUCCAUUUACCGUCCCUACCUGAGAUCGAAGCGAUAUUAUUUUCGUGUUUUUCUGCACAUCCUUGACUUGACAGCUGUAAAUGCUUGGUUGCUCUACAAGAGGAAUGCCUUGAGCAAACGAGAUGAGUACGCAGAAAGGCUUCUUCUUUUGGCUGACUUCAAGAUGGACCUGGCUGCAUCACUCUGCAAGGCUGGGAAGACUGUGGUGAAGAAGCGAGGAAGGCCUAGCAACGAGUCAAUAGAACAAGCCUCUCAGGAGAAGAAAAAAAGUGGAGCAACAGCUCCAACUAAAGAUGUCCGGCUUGAUCAGGUUGGUCACUGGGUCCUUUGGAGCCAGAAGCGGCAGCGCUGCAAGUUUCCAGGCUGCACGGGAAUCUGCAUGAGCUACUGCGUAAAGUGUGAAGUGCACCUCUGUUCGACAAACAAUAGCAAUUGCUUUUUUUUGUACCACACAACAAAAUGAGUGCACCAUUGUUGAUUACUUACUGAUUACUUCUAGUGGUAUAGCAGUAAUCAGUAAAGGUUGGUAUAAAACAAACCUUUCUUAGGAAUCAAGUGAGAUAGCUAUCUAUUGUAGCAUUUGUUC